CAGCAUGGCGACAGCAGCAAAAAGCACCAGCGACGGAGCUUCAUAUGAAAGUGAUCAAAUUAAAGAUGAAGGAUGUGAGGAACCGAUACCGAGCCAGUGUUCGGCUCAAGAACAGAGUUCAGAAUCGAAACCCGUGUGUCUUAUAGUUCUAGGUAUGGCAGGCUCAGGAAAAACAACUUUUGUGCAGAGGCUAACAGCGUACCUGCACACCAAGAAAUCUCCUCCUUAUGUCAUCAAUCUAGAUCCUGCAGUUCAUGAGGUGCCUUUUCCAGCUAACAUUGAUAUCAGAGACACUGUCAAUUACAAGGAAGUCAUGAAACAAUAUGGUUUAGGACCAAAUGGAGGAAUUGUCACAUCUCUGAAUCUGUUUGCAACCAGAUUUGAUCAGGUCAUGAAGUUUAUUGAGAAGAAACAAAGUAGUCACCAGUAUGUUUUGAUUGACACUCCCGGACAAAUAGAAGUGUUCACAUGGUCGGCAUCUGGAACAAUCAUAACUGAAGCGCUGGCUUCCUCUUUUCCCUGUGUGGUGAUCUAUGUGAUUGACACGUCUCGGAGUGUGAACCCAGUCACUUUUAUGUCCAAUAUGCUCUACGCCUGCAGCAUUCUAUACAAGACCAAAUUGCCUUUCAUAGUUGUCAUGAAUAAGACGGACAUCAUUGAUCACAGUUUUGCGGUGGAGUGGAUGCAGGAUUUUGAGGUUUUCCAAGAUGCUUUGAACCAGGAGAGGUCUUACGUCAGUAACCUUACACGCUCAAUGAGUCUGGUUCUGGAUGAGUUCUACACCAACCUGCGGGUUGUCGGCGUGUCUGCAGUUACAGGUUCUGGGCUUGAUGAACUGUUUGUACAGGUAGCAGACGCUGCUAAAGAAUAUGAAACCGAGUAUCGUCCUGAGUAUGAGCGUCUGCACAGAGAGCUGGCUGAAGCUCAGAGUCAAAAACAAAAGGAACAGUUGGAACGCCUUCAGAAAGACAUGGGAGCAGUUCCCAUGGAAACCACAGCUCCUACUGAAAAUCCAGGUCUUAAUGGACCCAGUGAUCUUAUCUUCAACCGUGGCAACCCAGAUGAAGCUGAGGAAGAAAUAGACAGUGACACCGAUGAUAUUGAUCACACAGUUACAGAAGAGAGUAAAGAGGCAACUGCAUUCAGGAACUUCCUCCAAGAGAGGAGGGAAAUAGUGCAGGUGCGCAACAAGAAGUCACAGUGAUGGCAGGAAUUGGUAGUCGUGUGUCUGCAGAGGUGCAUCACACAUUUAAGUUUGACUUCUGACCUUUGACCUCUCUGCUGUCAUAACAUUGGAAGACUUCUAAAUGGGUUGUGGCAGCUCACUUGGACAAUUUGGCAUGAAUCUGCUUGUGUGCUAGAGUUGUAGCUACAUGCACGUGUUGCUACCAUACUAUACUUGGUCUGCACCGAGAUUACUUUGGGAGUCCUUAGAAUUGCAUUUAAAAGUUUGCAUUGGAAUGUAAUCUUAUGUCAUCAUGCACAGAUUAGUCCUCAUUCAAAUCAAGAAUUUAUUUUUUGGCAUAUUGUAUUUAUCUGUUCUAAAACCUAUAUGUAUCCAUUAAUGAAAACCCAUAAUAUUUCCUUCGAAACUUGGAACACAAACUAAAACAUAGGCAGUUUCUUUGUUGAAAAUGUACUGACUGUAUCCAUACAAUUCUGAAUAUUAUAAAGUUAUGUUUCUAUU